UGUUGUGAUUGUGUCCCAGGGAUCAUUGAGCGAGCGGGGGGGUCGAUGGAGGAGGAGGUGGGGCAGCUGCGGAGCUCCGGCUCGCUGGCGGAGGGAGAGUUCUCUCUGAGCGACGCCUUCUACUUCUACAAGAAAGGUGUGGAGAGCAUCGUGGACGACCAGGUGACCCAGCGCUUCUCCUCCGAGGAGCUGGCCUCCUGGAACCUCCUCACCAGAACUAACCAGAACUUCCGCUACAUCAGCCUCCGCCUCACCAUCAUCUGGGGGAUCGGCGUCUUCGUACGCUACUGCAUCCUCUUCCCUCUCAGGUUAACGCUGGCUCUCAUCGGCCUCUCCUGGCUCGUCAUCGGGACCGUUCUGGUUGGAUUUCUGCCUGAGAGCAGUGUGAAGAACUGGCUGAGCGAGCUCGUCCAUCUGACCUGUUACAGGAUCUGUGCCAGAGGACUGUCCGCCACCAUCCAAUACCACAACAAAGAAAACAGACCUCAGAAAGGAGGAAUCUGUGUCGCCAAUCACACCUCGCCUAUCGACGUGGUGAUUCUGGCCAACGACGGCUGCUACGCCAUGGUGGGUCAGAUCCACGGCGGUCUGAUGGGGGUCAUUCAGAGGUCAAUGGUGAAGUCGUGUCCUCAUGUCUGGUUCGAGAGGUCAGAGAUGAAAGACCGCCACACCGUGACCAACAGGCUCAGAGCUCACGUUGCAGCCAAGACCAAACUUCCCAUUCUGAUAUUUCCUGAAGGAACCUGCAUCAACAACACUUCAGUCAUGAUGUUUAAGAAAGGAAGCUUUGAGAUCGGAGGGACAAUAUACCCCGUCACCAUCAAGUACGACCCUCGCUUCGGUGACGCUUUCUGGAACAGCGGGAAAUACAACAUGGUGAGUUACCUGCUGAGGAUGAUGACCAGCUGGGCCAUCGUCGUCAACGUGUGGUACCUCCCUCCCAUGACCAUACAGGACGAUGAGGAUGCAGCUCAGUUCGCCAACAGAGUGAAAUCUGCCAUCGCAGAUAAAGGAGGACUGCUGGACCUCGCAUGGGACGGAGGACUGAAGAGAGGCAAAGUGAAGGACUCGUAUAAAGAGGAGCAGCAGAAGAUGUACAGCAGCAUCAUAGUUGGACAGAGCGGCGACACUGGAUCGUCCUCUGAUCAGCUGUCUCUGACAUCAUCAUCAUCAUUAUCAUCAUCAUCAUCGUUACCUGGCGACAUGUGAAGGGGAUGAACAGCUGUUUAUUCUCUGCAUCAUUUUAACUCGUCUUAUUUUAUAUGAUGUUUAAUAUGUCUAAAGUCUUAAAGCCUCACAUCAACUCUUCGUCCUGUGUGUGUGUGUGUGUGUGUGUGUGUGUGUGUGUGUGUGUGUGUGUGUGUGUGUGUGUGUGCAGGAGUGUUUCCACCAGCAGGGGGCGCUGUAUGACAACACAAUAAUCCUUCCUGCAGACUGGAAACCACAGUUCUAUUCAAACCACUUCUUCUCUGCCUGUCGUGUAAAACAUGGACAUGUAGCAGCUGAAAUAUAAUUUGUGUUUUAUGAUCGACGCGUCACAAACUGUGUCAGCUUCUCCAGUGUUUCUAUUUUUAUAAAGCAGAUGUUUGUUGCUGCUCUGAGUGGAUCUCUGCAGACUGAAACCAAUGUUGGUGAUCGAUUCUUGUAAAACUGUGUCUGUAUAAACGUGUGUAUCCAUCUCA